AUGGCGUGGUCGCCACAUAAUAUGGACCCGUAUACAUUUGGAUUUGUUCCCCAACAGGAAGAGAGCACUCCCGGUUCCAUUUAUCCCCAACCAGGGCUUAUUCGUCCUGGUGAUGCCUCCGCGUGGGAUUCUUCUCCCUGGGUGCAAUACUACCCGGAUUAUGUGAAUAGAAACAAUGCACAGUACCUUGUUGACAACAACGACCACAACGACUCCCAGACGGUACCCAGGGCAUCUUUCGGCUCUGCGAUCCAUACCGCAAACACCACCCCUCUCGUGGCUCCUUUCACGCAGGAACCAAAUUUGCAGGAGCCUCUUGAACCGGAAGCCAUAGGCAAUGGCAUUAACAGCGACGAAAACUCCGAUGUCCAUCGUCAGGAGCGUGAACAAAAGUGA